CCCCACUCCUUCAGCCGUGAUGCCAGGGGUCCCGCUGACGUCACAGUGCUGCCCUGCCAGGCGGCGCGGCGCCGAUGUGGCGCUGCCGCCAGCAGGGGCCGCGGCUGCAGCCGGCCUGGGGGGAGGAGGAGGAGGAGCUACUGCGGCGGCGCUGCUGCCGGUGCCAGAGGGCGCCGGGUUCCUGCCAGCGCCAGCACCAGGACCGGCAGCGCGGGGGGGAGCGUGCGGCUCCGGGCGGCUCCCGCAGCACCCGCCGGUGCAGAAAGAUGGCGGGGGGGGAGAGUGGCCCGCAGAGCCCCGGCCCCGCCGCCGUGUCGCUGGGCUUGAGCGUGGCCGUGGUGUCCAGCCUGGUGAACGGCUCCACCUUCGUGUUGCAGAAAAAGGGGAUCGUGCGGGCCAGAGGACGAGGUACAUCGUAUUUAACAGAUAUAGUAUGGUGGUCUGGCACUAUUGCAAUGGCUCUUGGUCAAAUAGGGAAUUUCUUGGCCUACACUGCAGUUCCUACUGUAUUAGUGACUCCGCUAGGAGCUCUUGGUGUUCCAUUUGGUUCCAUUUUAGCUUCUUACUUACUGAAAGAAAAGCUCAACAUUCUUGGCAAGCUGGGAUGUCUGCUGAGCUGUGCUGGUUCUGUUGUUCUCAUAAUCCAUUCUCCAAAAUCUGAGAGUGUAACAACUCAGGCUGAGCUUGAGGAAAAACUUACAAAUCCAGUGUUCGUGGGCUACCUCUGCAUAGUACUUGUCAUGCUCCUACUGCUUAUCUUCUGGAUAGCACCAGCUCAUGGACCCACUAAUAUUAUGGUUUACAUCAGUAUUUGUUCCCUAUUGGGCAGUUUUACUGUGCCCAGCACAAAAGGCAUUGGGUUGGCUGCUCAAGAUAUCUUUCACAAUAAUCCAUCAAGUCAAAGAGCCUUGUAUCUCUGUUUGGUUCUCUUGGCAGUACUAGGAUGUAGCAUCAUCAUUCAGUUCAGAUACAUCAAUAAGGCACUGGAAUGUUUUGACUCCUCUGUGUUUGGUGCCAUCUACUACGUUGUGUUCACCACUUUAGUCCUGCUGGCCUCAGCCAUCCUUUUCAGGGAGUGGAGUAAUGUGGGAGUAGUAGAUUUCUUGGGGAUGGCCUGUGGAUUCACUACAGUAUCUAUUGGAAUUGUUCUUAUACAAGUCUUCAAGGAGUUCAACUUCAGUAUUGGGGAUUUGAAUAAACCUAACAUGAAGACAGAUUAAAAUCUGAUUUGAGAGGACUGGAUGGCUCAGGGAAUGAUAGAAAGCCUUUCAUUUCUAGGUCACUGGUUCAAAUAUGGUACAUGUUGGUAUUUGUUACCAUCUAAUACUUUGGUGGCCUAUGUGAAAUGAAUGGGUGGCCUCCAUCCAGUUUCUCCUGGACUGUUUGCAUACCCCCAAAUCACUGUAAAAAGUGGCAUUAAUUAGUAUCAUUGCUAACCAUCUCAGUAGAAAGGCUAAGGAUUGAAUCGGCAUAGAGACUUAUGUUUUCUCAUCUUAAAAGGUGGUCCAUCUAGAAAAGAUUUGAGGACAUUCUGGCAGGCCUCAGUGGGAAAGCUUACAUUAUGAUUGCCUGUGAUGUACUGGUUCUGUAGAUAGAGAACAUCAGUUUCUAAUGCUCUCAAUCUGGCACCUUUCAGGAGUGAUAUUUUUCCUUUAAAAAAAAAUGAAGUGAUUGACAAUUCUGUCAAUCUCCUUAAUAUAGCAGUGUGUUCACUGUCCAGGCUGUGAAUUUCUAAACAAAUGCUGAUUGAACUGUGGACUGUAGGUUUGUUCUUCUUACUGUAGCUGCCUCUGCAAUUUGGACUGACAUUGGGUUGAAGACACUGGGGAAUUCUAAAUUAAAUCCUCAAUACAGAUCAGUGCAUUUAACCCUUAAAAUCUUCCACUAAUGAUUUACUAUAUGAUGCUAGCAUCCAGAUUACAGGUAUGCAUUUUUAUUCAUAACUUUUUUUAAGUGCACUAAGACGUACAGCAUUUAUUCAAGAGCGGGUAAUAGUUAAAGGACAGGAAGAGUGUGAAGAAUGUGAAAGUGGUGGCCAGACUUUCUGCAUACAUGGUGGAUUAUAUGUAAACAGCUCAGAACUACUUCAGUGCCUUUGUAAUCUAAUAUUAUUAUUUAAUUUAAAUGUAUGUGUAUCUGACACCUAUACAUGUUAGAACAAUUCAGUUUCACUGUCUGUAAUACAUAGCUGUAUACAAAUUAUACACACGUCAGGAGCCAACAAGAGCAGCGUGUUUCUACACAGGUUUGCAAAUCUGAAGUUAUUCCAAGGUGCUUUGGUAGCUUCUUUAUUUAUGUAUGUUUAAUAAGGAGAGGUCUCUUUACAGUAGUUCCACAGUGCAAAUUCCAGUUACUUAACUGAACAUUAGAAACUUUUAUAAAGUAGCUCAAUUGACAAGAUUUCUUCCGAACAGUACUGAAUAAAUGGAGCUAUAUAUAACUAGUUUGCCUAUUAACAGAUCAGCUUGUGAACUGGCACACUUAUGAGCAAAGAAGAUUGUGUGGUUAUUUUGCAGGGACAGGGAGAAGGGUUGGAGGGUGUGAAAACAGCAAGACGUGGUUCCGGUAAAUCUGUAUGCAAACGUUCAUAUCCAGUAUUUCAGAAAUGUAGGUGCUAGCCCAGCAAUAGUGUCUAAAGGGCUGGUACAAGUUGCUCAAGUGAUGCUUAGAAUGAUUCUGAACAGAUUAGUUUAGAUCACCUGGGUUACAGGAUACUCCCUUGAAGAAAAACAGGAAUUUUUCAAUUUCAAUAGCAGUUUUUAGAAGGGUGUCUCAGUUUUCAUAGCAUUAUAAUUUGUCAUUAUCUAUGUAAUGAUGUCACAAAGGCAUACAAAGGCUUGAAAAUGAAGGAGUUCUUUUAUCUUAAGAUAGGCAGUUAGGCUAGAUUUGGAAAGCAUAUGACAGAAUUGAACAUCUGUCCAUACAUCCUCUCUUGCAAGACAAAACAGGUGUUCACUCAUCAGUAUUUGAGAAGAUUCCAGCAGUAACUUUUUAAUAAGAAACCAAGAAUAGUAUUCUGUAUGGAAUUGUAUGGGCAAGCUAGAGAUAAUACAAAGCUUGGUUAUUAGGGGAAUAACUGUUGUCAUCUCUUGUGACCAUUUUUCUAAAUUAUAAGUUAUCAUAAUUGUUUUCUUCAAAAAACAAGAUCCUCUUAUCAUGUGACAUCUUUAAUUUAGAAAUAUAAAGAAGCUGCUAGUCCUUAUGAAGCAUGAACAUGUGACCUCAAUAAACCACAAAGGCACAAAAAUCUGAAAACUGAGAAUUCCAAAAGAAUUAUUUUUAAGCCAGUAUCAUGACUUUGGGUAGCCUGGUGCAUGAUUUUUUUAAUGUCCAGGGUUGGUAAUGCCAGUGUUGAAUCCAAGUGGCUCUUUUGGUGUAUAAUAGAAAGGUCAGACAGUUUUAUAACCAUGAAUUCCAGUUACGUUGAUUUGAACACGAGAAAUAAGAGAAAUAUAUCUUAUAAUAUUUGGCCAACACAGAAAACAGAACAUCAACAAACAGAAGGCCAUCUUUGUGCCUUUAGAACCCUUUUAUAAGGGGGGAUGUCUUGCUUUCCAGAGAGGAUUAUAAUCCUGUAUGAGGAAAUAUUAAAUCUGUCAAAUUUGAAUAAAGAUAUAAGAAGAGAUCUCAGCUACAUGGUAUCAAUUGUGACAAGGUAUCUUUGUGACUGAAGAGCUAUCAUACUUUGUGGAAAUAGUUCCAUUUUUACUGCUUGAAACUGGGAUCCUAACAAAAUAGACGUGUGGUAAUUCACUUACUCAAAUAAUAAAAAUUCUUGGAAGCAGUAAAAACAUUUUCUCAAAAGAUUUGGUAGUAGGCUUUAAGUUCUGUGGACAUCAAUUCACGUAAUUCUUUAGGUCAAAGUGAAAAUGACCUUCAUCUCAUCAUAGAUUUUAUUAGGCUAUAUACAUAUGUAUGUAUUUUAUUUGUUUCUAUUUGUUUGUUAUUUAUUUUUAUUUAAGAAGAAAGUGCCUAUGCUAGGUGCUUAUGCACAUAUUAAAGUGAUAGUCUAAAAAAGAAAAUCCUGACUACCUUGUCCAAUCUAACAUUUUCCUGUAUCACAAAACUAAGUUUUCAGCAGGGGGAGAUGAAAUAGCAGAUGCAUUCUUUGGUUCUCCAAAUAUUCUCUGGGCUGAUACAUUUCUGCAGGAACUUUCUUUCUUCUCUCCAGCUCAUUGUUGAUACAGUGAGCUUCUUGAUAUGCCCAACUAUCCACUUUUCUAAAAUGGAGAUGCCAAAAGCCAGCAUAUGUGACAUAAAGUUUCUAGUGGCCUUGCACAACGUUUAUACCUGCCGCCUUUUACAUCAUGAAAAAUAAUGAAAAUCUUUAUUUUUGCUACUAUUUGUUCAGCAAAUAGCUAUGUUUGUUCUUAUUUCUUCUUUGCCUGGAUCUGGUGCAAUUCUGCUGUUAGAAAAAUAUGGAUUUUUUCUGUGUUAUUGUCACUGUCGAUGUAAUUUGGUCCCUCCUUCCCCUUACCAGAAACCUGUUACAUUUUCUGGAUCUUUCAGAUUGCUUAUCUGGUUGAAAGAUGGCAAUGUCAAACUGAACUGUUAAGCCUCCUCUCUUCUUUCCCCACCAUCUCUAGACAAGUUAGCACCUUGGAAUAAUACAUUUCAGUUCCAUCAUCUCAGGGAACAAAUGUAUAUAGUUGUCUCCUGAGUCUUGGUCUUCCUUCCAAAGGGUCCCCCCUUUUCAGGUUACUCUAUAAGGUUUCUUAAAUUGAUUCAGAUUCCAAAGCAGAAACGACAGAGGCUAUAUAUAAACACAGAUUGUAAAGUGGACUGUCUAUAUGGGAAUGCAUUAAAAUAAAUCUAAUCCCACCGAGAGAAUUUUCAUGGUGAGCCUUUGGCUUCUAUUGUAUUUAUCAAAUACAGUUACAUAUACAAUGCUCUUACCCAGUUUGAUCUAUCGUCCUUUCAAUGUAUGGAGGAGUUACACAUGUAGGCCCAUUAUCUUUCAUGCGUGUUAAUCCCUCAAGCAUCUAAUAGCAGUAUAGAAACCUUUUUUGAUGCAACCAAAACAUACUUGUUACAUCUUAAAUACUUGUGUAUAAAAAGCAAAAUGUCCAGAGCAGACAGUUAGUUGAACUAACUUUCCAGGAUACUAUCUGUGUAAAUAAAGCCUAUUUAUUAGCGACCUGAAACUAAUACGAAUAAGAAUCUGUCACAUCACACAGUUUGAUAAGUAAUGCUUCCUAAUAAUAAUCUUGGUUUAAAACAAACAUCUAUGUCUUUUUCUGAAGUAACUAGCACUGAAAGUGAAAACACUGGAUUUCGUUUGUUGAAGUAACGGACACUGUAAGCCAGGGGUGGGCAAUUAUUUUGGGCAGAGUUUUGGCAAGCCAUCGAGGGCCACAUGACAGGCAACCAGGAGCAGAUAAAUAUUAAUUUUCUAAAUUUUUUUAGGGGCCCCACGGGCCGGAUAGAAUGGCCUGGUGGGCUACAUCUGGCCCACAGGCCGCAUUUUGCCCACCCUUAUUGUAAGCUUUACUUUUCCUCUUUAUUUCAAGAUAAAGAAGUUUUUGUAUUACAAGAAAAACUUCAAGAAAACAAAUAUAAGAACCUACAAGAAGUGCACUGAAAGGUGGUGUUUUUUGCACAAUAUGCUGCUUCCACCUUCUUACCUAAACAAUAGGACAUUAUAGGUUUUAGAGCUCAUCCUAUACUAUCCUUAAGUGCAAUCAGUUGAACUGCUGAAGUUCACUUUUAAAACAAAUGCAUAUUUAAUUAUACCUAUUUUCCUGUCCUCAAGGAGAUUAGUCAUUAUAAUUAACCCCUUGGGGCCAGUGAAUGUGCAGCAAAAUGCUGCAGAGUACAUCAGUGUAUACAUCAUUUGGCACCAAUGAUGUCAGGAGCUCCACAAAGAUGAGUGCCAAAGUAUUUCAUACACCAGUUUUGAAAUGGAAAGAUUACAAAGACAUAAAUUAGGAAAGGAAAUUUCAAAACACUUUUCAAAGUUGGGGGAGAAUAUUUAAGAGUUGGGGGGAGAAUAUUUAAGAGUUGCAAAAUAGUGUGUGGGGGGUGGGAGUUAGAUGGUUUUCACUGUGCGAAGAAAAUGUGUUAAAAAUAAAGGAUACUGUUUAAUUACCUGCUUUUUAAAUUAGGGGUUCCCAUUUAUCUUUUUCCUGUUUUGUAAAAUUUCAGUUGAAUGUGGAAGAGUAGAUGGGAAUAAAUACACAGUGUCAUAGGUCUGAUUGUUUAAAUGUUAUUGCAGUAUAGUUACUACAGGUGAUAUGAAAAUGGACUAUUUUAUUAGCUUCCAAAUUUUGUGUAUAUAGAUUUGUUAAUGGCUUGUAAGUCCAGCUUACUCCCUUUGCUUUUUAAAAAUAGUAAUAGGCAUGUUGUAUUUACCUUAUGUAAAUUAUGAGGCUAUUUAUUAAGUUUUCUGAUACCUAACCUAUUUAUUAACCUGUAAUGUUUUGAAAUAAAUACCUUAUUUCUAGCUCAA